GAUUUCUAGAUAACUUGAAAAAACUGCUUCUAGAUGAAGAUAGCACUGUGCGACAAAAAACUACAGAGGUCUUAUAUAUAAUGGCAACACAUAGCAUUGGCAGGACGAAUUUUGUAGAACAUGGAGUCAUCCCAGCACUGGCACAGCUUUUGAACGAUCCUGUUGAUAUCUGUCGGUGGAACAUGCAUUAUGCACUGAAACUAGUAGCAGAAACACCUACAGGGGCUGUUGAGAUUGUAGAGAGCAGCUUGAUUCCAUCGCUGGUGCGCAAGCUGAGGACAGAGGAGGAGAAUAUCCAGGAACUAAUCUUGGAGACCCUGACAGGCUGCUUGAGAGUUGAAGCCUUUGAGGCCUUGGCCAGUGGAGCUGUUUCUAUACUGAAGGAGAAGCUCCAGGAUCCCUCAUUGGGCAUCAGGAGCAAAGCUGCCCAGGCCCUCAUGGCCAUCAGUGUUCCGUUGGAGGGGAAGAACAUGGUCUUUGCAGAAAAUGUUUUCCCUGACCUGGUCACCCUGCUGGAAGAUGAGGAUGAGGAGGUUCGAGCCAAUGCUGCUGGGGCCCUAAUGAACUCAGCAGUGACAACCCAAGGGAAAUACGCUGCUAUUAAUGCAGAUGCCAUUGACUAUCUACUGCCCUUGAUCCAUGAUGGCAAGAGCAAAGUCCGCCUCUAUGCCAUUAAGGCCCUGACCAUGUUGGCAGAAGCCCCUGAAGGCCGCAGGACAUUGUUGAGGCAUGUGCAAGAGUUCCGGAAGCGGAUGGACGACUCAAGUCCAGCUGUGCAGAGAGCAGCCCAGAUCGCGGUUCAAGUAAUUGAAUGGAAACCUUAG